UUCUCUGUCACGUUCCCUCUCUCACUAGAGACAGGGGAUCAGGUAGCAGAGCAGAAAUACCGGAGGUUGAUCCGCAGUGCCCCUGCUUCUCUGUUUGUUGUGUUUUUGUUUGUCCCCCCACCCGUCCGUGCAUGUAAUGACCCAUCACCUUCGUCAGCCUCAGGAGAGAUGCCUAUACUCGAGAUGGCAGUGAGCCUAGUCAAGUCCCUGUACUGGGAAGUGUUCCCCCCCAUGUCCACGUGCAGGGUCUACUGCACCCCUGUGGUCCAUGAUGGCCUGCUCUAUGUGCUCGGGGGCUGCAGUGAGACAGGCCUGCCUCUAGACACUGCCGAGGUGCUGGACAUAGAGAGCCAGACAUGGACCCAGUUACCUCCACUCCCUACAGCCCGUGCAGGGGCAUCAGCGGUGGCCCUGGGGGGUCAGGUAAUGGUAAUGGGGGGCAUGGAUGGCCAGCAGAGCCCCCUGUCCUCCGUGGAGGUCUACAACCCUGACGAGGGCAAGUGGGAGAGGAAGGCCAGCCUAGGACAACCCUCCAUGGGCAUCACCUCAUUAGAGAAAGAUGGGAAGGUAUAUGCGCUGGGAGGGAUGGCAGCUGACACGACGCCACAGGCUCUGGUGAGGGUUUAUGAGCCGGAGAAGGACCAAUGGCAGCCCCUGACCUCUAUGCCCACGCCCCGCUAUGGAGCCGCCUCCUUCCUGAGAGGCAACAAGAUCUACGUGCUGGGUGGGCGUCAGGGCAAGCUUCCUGUCACAGCCUUCGAGGCCUUUGACCUGGAAAUGAAGAGCUGGACGCAUUACCCCUGCAUCCCCAGCCGCCGGGCCUUCGCCUGCUGUGCUGCUACCGACCGGGGCUUCUUCAGCCUGGGAGGGCUCCAGCAGCCUGGCCCCCACAACUUCUACUCCAGACCACACUUCGUCAGCACAGUGGAGGAGUAUGACCCGGAACAGGGUAUCUGGAUCAAACCAACCCGAACCUCCAGGAUGAGGGUUAAGAGAGCAGACUUUGUGGCCGGAUGUCUCGGUGGAAGGGUCCUCGUUGCUGGUGGACUAGGUAACCAGCCGUCGCCCCUAUCGUCGGUUGAGAGCUACAAUCCUGUGAAGCGGAGUUGGGAGUACGCUGCCCCCAUGCCCAGUCCCCGCUGCUCCUGUUCACCCCUGCAGACCCCCAACAUGCUGUUUCUCAUCGGGGGCGUGGCCCAGGGACCCAGCAACGCCGUGGAGGCUCUUUGUCUCAGAGAGACUGUGUGACACGCACACAGAGACAGACGAAGGACUCAAUGCAAGCAAAUUCAAUGUGUGCAGGUGAUGGACACUCAUACAGACUUUGUUUUUGCCUUUGAACCUUGCAGUUGGUUGGCAGGAUCAAGGACAGUGACCCUGACACCUGUUUCUUUCAAUGGAGAAACAAAUACUUUUCUACAUCUUAGAGGCAUAAGAGGAGUCAAAUAAAUAAGCAAAAAACAACACCACAGACGCAUACACACACUACACAAAAGACGCCUUUGAACAGUACAGCAUUUUUCUGGAAAAAAGCAGGGUACUUUUCUGGAAACUAAAGGAACUACGGGCCAUAUCUGUUUCACUACAACAGUCAGGCUGCAUUGUCUUGUUAAAACACUUUUCUAUCACCUUAAAGUAGACAGUUUAGGAUAUAACAUUGGGGUAUUUGUCUGUGUUUUGGUACCUUCACAGCCAGGUGUGUGUGAAUAUAGCACAGCUAUACACAUGAUGUUCAAAUCCCACACACCAUGAAUACCACCUCUAGAAUGGCCAGGCCAAUCCCUGCACUGUAGCAUCCAGAGACAAGAGUGCUUUGGCACUAAGCAACAUUUCCCUUUUUAAGAGAAAAAUAUACGUAUAUAUUUUACCUCGAGCUUUGCAAUGAACGACAGAUGAAAGGCAAAGGAACUGAAGGCAGGACAAAGUGCAUGCUCAGAAAGUGUGUUUAUUUCAGAUAAUCCUUAGGUGGCAGCUUAAAAAGAGAGCAACAGAAAGAGAGAGCGAAAGAGAGGGAAAUUGGGAAGUGUGUUUUUAAAUAGAAAAUCGUAAAUGGAAACUUCACCGCUAGACAAUAUUUGGGAACUGGAAAAACUCCCCUGCAUAAUUAUGAGUGAUGAGAGGUGUUCAGACAUAAUUAUGAGUGAUGAGUGGCGUUUCAGACAUAAUUAUGAGUGAUGAGAGGUGUUUCAGACAUAAUUAUGAGUGAUGAGGUGUUUCAGACAUAAUUAUGAGUGAUGAGGUGUUUCAGACAUAA